AUGCCAAAUGUAGAAGAAAUUGGUCCAUAUGUUUAUGAAGUCUCAAAAUACCGCAAAAACGAAGUUGACGAUGAAGAUUCUGACACCCUAACCUACGAUUUGGUUAAUUUAUUCCAUUAUCGACCAGAUUUAAGUGCUCCAUCCGAUGUAACAAUUUGCCAAUUGAGUCCCUUGUUGAUUGGCGGUCUUGUAAAAGUCAUUAUCGAGAUGCCAGAAUUGAUAAAUUUCGUUCAAGCGGGCCUUGCUCUCGUUCACGGAAGAUCUGACACCCCAUUUAUUUGUUUUAAUGCUUUGGAGCCCAUUCAUAUUGGCUAUUACAUCAAUUGCAAUCAAACGGAAUUCACAGCGAAAGCCAUUUGCAGUGCCUUGGGAGCCCAAGAUUUUUUUAGGAAGAUCAAUGGAAGCGAUAAACAUUUAGAAUUUGCUCAAUUAUUUAAAUUUAACAACACAGUUGAAGCUACAUUGACCAUUUUGAGAGGAACGAAGGUUCCUCAGGACAUUGGAAAAGUUGUAGCGGUGAAUGGAAAGGCAAGUUUGGAUAUUUUUGAAAAUGAAAAGUGCAAUGUGAUCAAUGGAACUGAUGGGAUUUCGUUUCCUCCGAAGCAAAUGAAGGAUAAAGAGCAGUGGAUGUAUUACCAAAAUAUUUUCAAGUCACUUCCUUUGGAGUUUACGAGGAAAAAGAGUAUUCAUGGAAUUAAUACUUUGUUAAAAGAAAUUAAAUGGGACUCACAUUUGUUCGAUCCCGAUUGCAACAUCAACGAAUAUUUGGACUACCAAAUAAAAGGAGUAAUUGACAUGCACGAAUAUCUUGAAGGUUUUACAUGGAUUUCGGGUCCUCAUAAUUAUUUAGCUGAAGAAAAGAUGUCUGAAAAUAUUCAAGGAUUUCAUCCUAAUAAGCAAAAACAUUUUUCUGGCGUUUAUUUAGAUCCACUCACAGGCGUCAUGUUACGAAAUUUCAUCCGAUUUCAAAUAAACGUUUUAUCAUUACCGAUCGAGACGUAUCCUAUCCUCAGUCAAGUUCGUGAAUCCCGAGUACCUUAUUACUGGCUGGAUUUCAGUUACGAAGCUUCUCCUGCAAUUCUUCAUCGACUUCAAAUAAUUCAUACUGUAAAAAGUGUCGCAAAUUUCAUAGGACGUUCUGCUUUCAUCAUUGGAAUCGUCGGAUGCAUCGUUUCCAUCGCAGGAAUUGCUUUCGGCAUUGGACCCGACACUCCCAAAAUACUGAAUGUCAUUCCCAAUGAAGAUGCUUCAAACAAAAAUUACGGCUCAGCAAGUACUCAAGCCGAAAAUUGA